CUGGUUGCUCACCUGCCUGAGGAAAUUCGUCCUGGGCCUGAUUUCCAUGGAAUUCCAUGGGAGCCUAUUAUUAUCACUGCCUUAGUGGGAAUUGCCACACUUGCUAUAAUUUUCUGGAGAACCUGCCUUUCAGUAAAGAGUAGAAUAUAUCAAGUGACUGAAAAGCAACUUGCUGAAAAGAUUAAAAACCUUCUACAAGAAAAAACAGAAAUCUUAGAAAAGAUAUCUGAAUAUGAUAAAAAGAUAAAGGAAGCAAAGGAAUCUGUGAAAGUGGCCCAAGAGCAAAAAGACAUUCUCUCCGAUGAAACUGCAGGGCUUAAGGACACUGUCAAAGGACUGGAAGAAGAAAAUCGUCAGCUAGAUGACAAAGUAAAAAAUCUGUACAGAAUGGUUGAAACGGAGAGAAAAAAGAAUGAGAAGAAACAGAAUAAGAUCUCUGAAACCCAGAAGUCCUUGGAGAAACUUCAAGAGGCUAUCAGCGUGCAUUCUGAAGAGCUUUCAGAGGUGCAGAUAGCCCUUAAUGAAGCUAAACUAAGUGAAGAAAAGGUGAAAUCUGAGCUUCAUCACGUGCAGGAAGAGAAUGCUAGGCUGAAAAAGAGCAAGGAGCAACUGUUGAAAGAAGCUGAAGGUUGGAGCGAGAGGCACACUGAGCUCAGUGAGCAGAUCAAGCUGUAUCAGAAAUCCCAGAAGGACAUAGAAGAAGCGCUUGCCUACAAGGAAAAUGAAAUUGAAGUUUUAACUAACUGCAUUAUGCAGCUGAAGCAGCUCGACAUGGAUUCGACAUCUGAAGCCAAGAAGGAUGGUGAAGGGUGCGAAUGGAGCACAGGAGACGAUCUCGCCAAUGGAGAGUUGCCAGAUAAUGAGAGUGAGAAGAUGAAGACUCAGAUUAAGCAGAUGAUGGAUGUCUCCAGGGUAAAAACUAUGUUAUCCAUAGUUGAAGAAGACAGAAAUCUUCUGCAGUCCAAACUGAGUGAUGAAGUAACAGCAAGGCAUGAGCUAGAAGAGCAAAUAAAAAAAUUAGAACACGACUCCUAUUCCCUCGAGUCAGCCAAGGCUCAGCUGGAAAAUGAAUGCAAAACACUACAGCAGAAAGUGGAGAUUCUUGGUGAACUUUACCAGCAGAAGGAGAUGGCACUCCAGAAAAAACUAACCCAGGAGGAGUACGAGCGUCAGGAGAAGGAGCAGAAAUUGUCUGCUGCAGAUGAAAAAGCCGUGCUGGCCAUCGAGGAAGUGAAAGUUUACAAGCAAAGGAUCCAAGAUAUGGAAGAAGAAUUGCUAAAAACAGAGCGAUCUUACAAAAACCAGAUUGCUGCUCAUGAGAAAAAGGCCCACGACAACUGGCUCAUUGCCCGCUCUGCAGAGAGAGCUCUGGCUGAAGAAAAAAGAGAAGCAGCCAACCUGAGACAAAAAUUAAUAGAAGUAAACCAAAAAAUCGUCAUGCUUCAAAGACCAUUAAUUGUGAAGCCAACUCCAGGCAGACCUGAUCGCCAAGUCCCACCACGACGAGGGCCCUUAAGCAGAGAUGGUUCUUUUGGGCCAUCACCUGUGAGCGGAGGAAAUCCGUCCCCCACACAGAUGAUAGAAGCUCCUGCUCGGCCCCUUUCUGCUCCUCGAAGGGAAGGGUCUCGAGGUGAAUUUGGUACAGUGGUAGAUGGCCCCCCUGCCCCACGAAGGCCACCAGAGUUACCUGGAAGGAUGUCCGUUCCUGAUCUGGGGCCUGCUGUAGCAUCCCUGAUCAGUGGUGGGCCAAGAACCUCCUCCCCUUCCACAGCAAUGGAUGGAGUGCAACCCUCUCCCAAAGAGCCUGAAGCCCCCUGCGUAACUACUGAUUCACCUUCAUCUGUUGAACCAGCUACAGCUAACGCUAGUGCCAAAGGCCCACCUUCUUUCCCUGGGACGCCUGUCAUGACCUCCCCAGUGAUGGGACCUCCACCUCCACCACCUCUUCGCUACGGACCGCCGCCAGCUCCUCUCCGUGGGCACUUUGGGCCUCGACCUCUUCCUGUGCCCCUAGUUCGUGGUCCUCCCUUGCCACCUCCAGCACCUAGAGAUUUCUUACCUGGCCCACCUUUAGGAAUGCGAGAUCUGCCUCCUGGCCCACUGCCACCUCCUCCAGAUCCAAGAGGCUAUGGACGUGGGCACCCUCCUUUUCGACCCCUAGGUCCUCCUGGCCCACGAGAUUAUCCUCCAGGCCCACGGCUCCCCCCGCCUGGCUCCAGAGACUAUACACCUUCUCCCAACAGAGACUUGCCUCCAUCAGGCCCCAGAGACUACCCUGCAGGCCCUCCGCCACCACCCGGCCCAAGGGACUACACGCAGCCUCCGGUGCACAAACCCUAACUGCAGCCUCUGGUCAGCAGCUCAGCAGAAUGGACUAGCGCAGUUCCUGCCGUCAGGAUUUCAGGAAAUGGCUCUGUGUGAAGCCACUGGUCUCAUUUCAGUUAUCUCAGCUUUUGCAGGAUUAAUUUUUAUCCAGUUGCUAAGACAUCUUAUGUGCAUUUACGAUCACAUUAAACUCAUCCAUCCUCUUGGGCUGCAAGAACCUUUUUGUGAUGGACUUGAACCUACUCUAAACGUGCAAUAGAAAGGAAGUACCUGUGUGGCUAGUUUUAAUUAAAUGUAGCCUCUGUAACCAGUUGGUGAAUGAACUAAUUUCGUCAAAAAUGUAAAUCAAAUCAUUUCCUGUGGAAAUAAUUUUUAAGUAAAAUGCUCUCGGACCUGCCUUCUCUGUCAUAUCAUUAAGCUGCAGUUACUCCAGGUAGGCCAGGGGUUUACACGAGGAUGUGAGGUGGUUUGUGGUUUU